AUGAGUCUCGUGGCAGGUAUUCAUGGUCUUCCGCAUCAGGCUUGGUCGGGCGAUCCCACUCAUGAGAAGAAAGUGGGCUAUGACAAGAACGAUCCGAAAGAUACUGGACCGAAGCCCUCGCGUUUUGGUGGGUAUUGUAACCAUGGAAGCGUCCUCUUUCCAAGCUGGCAUCGUCCCUACGUUUUGGCCAUCGAACAAGCGAUAGGACUAGUCGCGGAAGCCCUUGCUAAAAUUCUCGAAGACAGUAGAGUCUUUCCGCCACAUACGUGGGCUCAAGCCGCCGAUCGUUUGCGAUUCCCCUGGUGGGACUGGGCCAAAGAUGCCAAGAAAGGCUUGCCACAUGUACUGACCGACGACCGGGUUCCUUUGGUUUUACAAUUGGAUGACAAAACUGCAGCAGCAACUGUGACUUGCUCCAAUCCGUUGAGUUACUAUCUGUUCAAAUCUAUACCCGAUGGAUUUCGAGAUAUCACGGAUCCCAAGGCCGGAGUGACUGCCUACUUCUCAAAAUGGAUGCGAACUCUUCGCCACGCUCCGAGUAGCCCGAAUGCUAACGAGAGCAAUACCGAAGCAUUGAAUAAGGAAUUGAUAAAGAACGCGAAGUGUCUUACAAGCCGUGUAGCUUCAAUGUUUAGUUUGGAUCCCAAUACAGAUACUCCAACAGAUGCCUCUCGGAUUCCACAAAUGAGUUGCACCAUUACACCGGUGAAUCCCUCGAAGGAGUUCACGAUACGGUACAUGACAUCUUGGGAGGAAAUGGCCACAUGGGGCAUCCAGAUUAUGCUGGAUUUGAUCCUAUAUUCUAUAUCCAUCAUUGCAAUGUUGAUCGGCUCUAUGCACUGUGGGAAUAUGUAUAUCCCGAAAAAAUUUACAUAUAUUGGACCAUGGGAGACAAAAGGACGUGUGUAUUCAUUUACACAAGGCCAAGGGACUUAUGCACUAGUUUAUAAUUCUGAGCUCUUGGGACAAACUGAACUUGCCCCUUUUAGACGUGAGGAUGGAGAAUACUGGACCACAGAUGAUGUCAGAUAUUUCUAUUCUUUUGACAAGAAAAUUCCCAAAUACUAUACCUACCCUGUUGUUGAGGGUGAAAUUGACAUUUCCAAGCUUCCUACUGCUGCAGAGCGUGAAAAAUAUCGAAAAAUCCUUCAGUGUUACUAUGGUAUUGAAAAAUCUUACACUACUUUGCCACCCAAGUUUGCUUCAUUCCUGCAGCCUCUCCCUCAACAGAACUUGGAAACUCAAACCAAUACACCUGCUCAGAUUGUGAUAGGUGUUCAAACAUCUGAGUUUGCAUUUAAUGGUCCCUACUCAAUUGAGGUCAGUUAUACACAUACCGACAAGGAAGAGGAACAUGUUGGCACCAUUAGUGUCUUUACCCAUCAACCUGAUUCCAACUGUGCAGCCUGUAAAGUGAAACUUCAACUAGGGUCAACCAUCCAUGGUCUCCUCCCUGUACCUGACAACAUCAUUCAGGACUUGGUAGCUGCCAUUGAAACAGAAGACACUGAAGGUGCUGCUCCAGAAAUUCUCAUUGAUACACUUAAAGGUCGUCUAUCUGCAACAAUUUUGGAUCAGCAUAAGAAACCAGUGGCUCAUGCCAAGCCUGGCUCUGGACAAGGGUUUGUGGAGGAUGAGGACGGUUCUCAUGUGCUUGAACCACAUCUUACACCAGUUAUAACAGUGGCUUCAGCUCAUGUUGAUAGGGAUGGAGGUGGCAAAGAUAGGUAUGAGGGGCCAGUGAGAUGGUUUGGUUGGAAGAAUCAUGGGGAGGUGUUCCAUCCUGAUCUGGACCCGGAGAAGACUGGCUGGAGGCUCGAGUUGGAAAAUUGA